AACUAGCUUGCGUCCCGGGCGCGGUCCCUGCAUUGCGUCAUCGUCGUCCAUCGUUGGCGAGAUGGCGGCGGUGGCCAUGAGCCCAGAUCUGGCGCUGUUCCUGACGGCGCUGCUGCUGCUAGCCCUGGCAGGAGCAAGGCCAGGAGCAGCAGCAACAACCGACAGUAGCACCAUCUGCGACACAGCCGAGUGCGGCAAGGGCACCUGCAGCGAGGUGCCGGGGAUCCUCCCCGUGGUCAUGGCUUCCUACAAGUGCACCUGCGACCCGGGCUGGUCCCAGCCGAAGUUGCUCAACCUAACGGUCCUGCCCUUCAUGCCCUGCAUCAUACCCGACUGCACCUUCGACUCCUCGUGCUACAACUUCAGCCUCUUCUCAUUGAGAGGAAUACCCCUCACGGACCCCUGCGUGAUCAUCGACUGCGGCCUGGGCGAGUGCAGGAAGGGCCAGGGCUUCAGCUACACCUGUGAGUGCCAGCCGGGAUACGUCAACUUCCUCGACCAAACCUACCUCCCCUGCGUCAAGAACUGUUCCUUCGGCUCGGACUGCUCGAAGCAGGGGAUCGCCCCGCCGCCGGCGCCGCCGCCUUCCACAGCGUCUCCACCCGCACACGGUUCUGUUUCGUCGUGGCGCCUACUGCAGCUGCUGCUCCCGCACGCCAUCCUCCUCCUCCUCCUCCUCUAGGUCGUGUAGCUACAUACGACACGCGAGGGCGGCCGAUCGAGCGCACUGUACAUGUACGAUUGAUCUUACGUGUACGUAAAUACUUGUACUGUACGACCGCAUCCAAUUAUUAAUUCGGCGACGUUCAAAAAAAAAAGGCAUAUGUGUG